UCUGCUGAUAAUCGACCAGUAACCAUGGCAACCGCAUCUGCAUCCUCCACCACCGCCCAAAUCCUCGGUUUCUUCCUCAGCUCCACUCUGACCCCCUUGGACACCGAGCUCACGCCGUCGGACUCCCCGCCCUACCUCCCAGCCAACACGACCAGCUCGCUCGCACCACGGUUCCCGGACAUCAUCACCGAGGCGUCGGAGUCCGGGCCGGUCCAGCAGGCCACGGCCGGGCGGGCCGCCUGGCUCAUCCCCGUCAUCUUUGGCCUGAUCACGGUCUGCGGCGUGGUGGGCAACUCGCUGGUCAUCUACGUGAUCGUGAGGCACGGACACAUGAAGACCGUCACCAACUACUACAUCGUGAACCUUGCCGUGACUGACAUCUCCUUCCUGCUGUGCUGCGCCCCGUUCACGGCAACCCUCUUCGUCUCGCCUAACUGGCUCUUCGGCACCUUCAUGUGUAAGUUCGUCUUCUACAUGAUGCAGGUGACGGGGCAAUGCACUUGCCUAACGCUGACGGCUAUGAGCAUCGACCGCUACCAGGCCAUCGUCCAUCCGAUCCGAUCACUGAAAUCACGCACCACCAGGGUAGCCUGUAUCGUCAACGCUUGCAUCUGGAUCGGUUCGUUCUUGAUUUCCAUCCCCGUGCCGAUCUUCUUCGACCUCAGCCUCCAACCGGGCGAUGUCUGGGUCUGCUUGGAGCUAUGGCCGCUCCAGAUCAUGUACCCCGGCUACGUCGUCUUCUGCUUCAUCCUCCUCUACGUCAUUCCCAUCUUCACCAUCAGCGUGUGCUACAGUCUCAUGCUCCGUAAGCUCUGGACUCGGGUCUCACCCGGGGAAACAGCCGACCCAAACUCGGGGCUCCACAACGCCCGUCAGAAGCGCAAAGUCACCCGUAUGGUUCUGGUGGUGGUGCUGGUCUUUGCCGUCUGCUGGUUGCCCAUCCAUGUCAUCACCCUCUGGAUGAGGCUGGAUCCGGCGUUCCCGCGCACCGACCCCACUUAUAUCUUCAAGAUGGCGGCCCACACGCUGUCCUACGCCAACUCGAUGGUCAACCCGUUUGUCUACGCGUUCAUGGGGGAGAACUACAGGCGAUACUUCAAGAAGGCGUUCCCCGUGUGCUUCGGGCAGAAGAGGCGGCGACAGGCCGGAGACCCGACAUCGCGCACCGAUCAGAACGCCAAUUUUACGGGUGCGACGUCGGCGGCUGCAGUUCGGACAGUAGAAACAGUCGCUUUGGAUUAAAUACAUCAACGUACAUGUACAUGUAUUUAUUGGUGUCAGAAGUGGGAUACGUUUCUAUAAUAAUUGCCAUCCAGAGUAAGAAUCUAACAAUUUCAAUGUUGGCAGGGCGCGUACAGGCAAUAUAAACAUUCGGUAUUGGACUAUUGGCCUAAAGUAUAAUGCUGUUAUGUGUCAAUGUCAGGAUCGGAGAGGGAUAAUUGUAUCUACAUAAUUUAUUCUCCUGGUGUCAGAAGUGGGAUAAAUCUGUCAGGGUUUUGUUUAGUAUAACAACUAGAAGCAGAGAUUAUAACUUCCACACGUCUCACUUGCGGGAUGCGAUUCUUGUAUGAAAUAGCUGAUCUAUGUGAACGAAAUCGAUGGCAAUUUCGUUGUGCUGCUAAAGUCCGUUCAAUAGAACUUGUGAUUACUUCAUAUAAAUGAAACAGUCGUUGGCAAACUAGAUAUUGAAGCAUGUCAUAAAACCCGUAUACUUGUGUAUGUAGCUAUAAUACUGGUCACAAGGCAAACAUAAUCAAACUCAGCGUAACAAAAUUACUCACCAAAUUCAACCUAGACACCAAUUGUAUUUCAUUUGGAUUUUAUUCCUCCAAACUUUCAUCUAUUACAUUGCAUUUUACAUUAAUAGAUUGAUCAUUAUACGACAUAGACACCAACAUUCGUCAUACGGACUAGACAAUAAAUCAUUACUGAACAUCGUUAAAUUUCCACCAUCACAGAUCUCGUUUCUA